UUGAGACAUGAGGAGAAUCCCCCGGAUUUCUUGCUUAAUUUGAGUUGGAGGCAAAUGGUUUGGCGUCUGACGGAUGCGGACCUCGGCAUCGGGAGGAGGCGCUGCUGGGCUUAUCUUUCCUGCUCCUCCUCCUCGCUUCUCCGCCUCACCCCAGACUUUGCCUCCAUUCAUGGGGUUCUGGAACCACUUCAUUUCCUCUUCUGUCUCUCCAACCCUUUUCUAAAGUCAAUCCCACAUAUCCUCACAACACUUAUUAUUUCUCAGCAAGACGUUCAGCUUCACCCUUGUUUCAUCCUCUCUACUAUCACUGUGAUUCCUCGAUCCUCGUAACCCACGUUGAUUGCCGUCAGCUCGACCCAACAAUUAUCCCGCCAUGAGCUCCCAGAGCGGCAGGACCACCAAGCUUGCCUUGGUACCGCUCCCCAAAGGCUCAGUUUUACUCCCUGGAGUGACUCUGCGGAUUCCAGUCUCCAACCGACCGGAUAUCGCCAAUCUCCUGACCACUGUGCUGGACCGCUCGCCGGCGGCGAAGCGCGAUGGAAGCGUCGUCAUGUUUGGGUGUAUCCCCCUCAGCUCCCCAUAUCUAAGCAAAGAUUGCCAGCGGGUCAUCGAUGACGGAAGCCUGGAGGAUGACAAACGAGAGGAGUACGACAUGAUCGAUGCCGGUCAGGCGCGCAAGGAGGACCUCUUCCGGUACGGCACCGUGGGCAAGGUGAUCGGCAUCCAGCGUCGUGCCUACGCAGAGCCCUCUUUGCUGGUGCAGGGAAUUCAGCGCUUUGCCCUCAAACGAGUCCUCAAGGAACGGCCUUUCUUCGAGGCAGAAGCCAUCCUCCAUGACGAAAAAGUCAUCAACGACACUGAGACAGUCGAUCUAUUUCAGCAGUUAAGACAGCUUUCGAAAGAGCUACUGACCCUCCUACGACUGUCCUCACUUCUGCCUUCUGCUGGAACCCGUCUGUCGCCCAUCAUUGCUCGCAAAUUCGAGAUCUUCAUCACCAAGUCUGAUAUCUCCCAUGCGGGUAGACUGGCUGACUUUAUGGCUGAUGUCGCUGACUCUGGGUUCGAGGAAAAGCUCCGCAUCUUGGCCUCGUUCGAUGUUCGGGCCCGGCUGGAAGGUGCUAUUGAGAUCUUGAGCAGACAAAUACAGAACAUCAAGAGCAACGUCAAAGUGACGACGAUCACCACCAAUACAUUCCCCAGCUCUUCAUUCGACAUCAGCCAGAUCGACCCGCGCGAGCGGGAGCUGCUGGCCAAACGAGCAAUGGCAGGUCUGACCGGGCUGACGCCGCCAGGUAUGGCAAGCGGCCGGAACAAUGACGGGGACGACAAGGAAGCGAACGAAGUCGACGAGCUGCAGCAGAGACUGAACGAUGCUGAGCUCAGCACGGAAGCUAAGAAAGUUGCGGAUAAGGAGUUGCGUCGUCUUCGGAAGAUGAACCCCGCCAAUGCAGAGUACGGUGUCUGCAGGAGCUAUCUUGAGAACAUUGCCGACAUUCCCUGGACCAAAGUCACGGAGGAUCAGCUUGGGCCCGAUACUUUGAAGAGAGCUCGCCAGCAAUUGGACGACGACCACUACGGAUUAGAGAAGAUCAAGAAGCGGCUGCUCGAAUACUUGGCGGUGCUGCGUUUGAAGCAAACGUCGAACAAGGAUUUGCAACGUCAGAUCGAGAGUCUCACUAAGGAGCUUGAUGCUUCCGAUGCGGGUGACAUUGAGAAGGAUGUUCCGACUUUAUCAGAGGCAGACCGGGUUGCGCUCGAGACCAAGCUGCGCCUGUUGGAGUCCAAGCGCAUCGGCGACAAGUCCCCGAUCUUACUGCUUGUAGGACCGCCGGGCGUUGGAAAGACGAGUCUGGCACGGUCCGUGGCUUCGUCCCUUGGCCGCAAGUUCCAUCGGAUAUCCCUGGGUGGUGUCCGGGACGAAGCAGAGAUCAGAGGUCAUCGUAGGACCUAUGUAGCCGCCAUGCCUGGUUUGAUUGUCAAUGGUCUGAAGAAGGUUGGCGUGGCCAACCCGGUCUUCCUGCUGGACGAAAUCGAUAAGGUGGGCGGAGCUAACUUCCAAGGCGAUCCGUCAGCGGCUAUGCUUGAAGUGUUGGACCCGGAACAGAACCACACCUUUACGGACCAUUACAUCGGCAUCCCGAUCGAUCUGAGCAAAAUUCUCUUCAUUGCCACGGCCAACUCGUUGGACACCAUCCCUGCCCCGCUGCUUGACCGCAUGGAGACGAUAUCUUUGUCCGGCUACACGAACAUCGAGAAGCGACACAUCGCCAAGAGACAUCUAAUCCCUAAGCAGGUACGGGCGAACGGGCUCACAGAUGGGCAAGUGAUUUUGUCGGAUGAGGUUCUUGACAAGGUCAUCACGUCGUAUACCAUGGAGUCCGGAGUGCGCAACCUGGAGCGUGAAAUCGGCUCGAUCUGUCGGUCCAAAGCCGUGCAAUAUGCCGACGCGGGUGACGCAGGCCGACUGGACUCAUACAACCCAUUGGUAAGCCUUGAGGAUCUGGAAGACAUACUCGGCAUUGAGCGGUUCUACGAGGAACUGGCGGAAAAGCAUGGCCGGCCGGGUGUGGUGACAGGCCUGGUGGCCUUCUCCACCGGAGGCCAAGGCAGUAUCCUGUUUAUUGAGGUGGCGGAUAUGCCGGGCAACGGCAACAUCCAACUGACCGGCAACCUGGGAGGUGUGCUUCGGGAAAGCGUUGAAGUGGCUCUCACCUGGGUCAAGGCGCAUGCGUAUGAGCUGGGAUUGUCCGCCGACCCCAACGAGGACAUCAUGAAGAACCGCAGCUUGCACGUCCACUGCCCGUCCGGCGCUGUUCCGAAGGACGGCCCGUCUGCCGGUCUCGCACACACUAUCGGCUUGAUCUCGCUGUUCAGCGGCAAACCAGUACCGCCCAGUCUCGCCAUGACUGGCGAGAUCUCGCUGCGAGGCAAGGUGAUGCCAGUGGGCGGGAUCAAGGAGAAGUUGAUCGGCGCAUUGCGCGCGGGGGUGAAGACGGUGCUUCUGCCGCAACACAACCGCAAGGAUGUCAAGGAUGUGCCGCAGGAGGUCAAUGAGGGAUUGGAGAUUAUUUAUGUCAAACACAUCUGGGAGGCGAUUCGGCAGGUGUGGCCGGACGCUCACUGGCCGGGUCAACACCAGGCCAAUUUCAUCGAGAGCCGGUUGUAGUUUUGCGUUUGACGACGUGUUACAGAUUGAUUGUAGAUAUUGCUUUGCUUCUAUGUAUGCAGCCAGCGGGAGCGUCUGUUUAUUCAUUGUUUAUAUGAUAACAUAUUCCAAAUUCAGAAUCAUCAUCAUAA